CUUUAUCUAGAAGCUACAGAAGAAGUUUCAUUGGACAGUCCAAUGAGGGAUGCAGUGCUUUCACCAGAACCUACUCCUGGAAUCACUAGUGUAACACCUACUACAUUAGUAGCUCCCAGAAUGGAAUUGAAAAGUGUAACACCCCCUGUGAUUUUUGAUCGAUCCAGAGAAGAGAUUGAAGAGGAAGCAAAUGGAGAUUUGCUUGAUAUAGAAAUCAGUGUGUCAGACCCAGAGAAAGUUGGGGAUGGCAUGAAUGCUUAUAUGGCAUACAGAGUAACAACAAAGACAUCCCUUUCCAUGUUUCACAAAAAUGCAUUCUCUGUUAAAAGAAGAUUCAGUGAUUUUCUUGGCUUGCACAGCAAAUUAGCAAUGAAGUACAUACAUAUUGGUUACAUUGUGCCUCCCGCUCCAGAAAAAAGUAUUGUAGGCAUGACCAAGGUUAAAGUAGGCAAGGAAGAUUCUUCAUCUGCUGAAUUCAUAGAAAAAAGAAGAGCAGCAUUGGAAAGGUAUCUACAAAGAACAGUAAAGCACCCUGUCUUGUUGCAGGAUCCAGAUUUAAGGCUAUUCUUGGAAAGUUCUGAGCUGCCUAGAGCUGUUAACACCCAGGCUCUGAGUGGAGCAGGAAUAUUGAGGAUGGUAAACAAGGCUGCUGAUGCUGUCAACAAAAUGACAAUUAAGAUGAAUGAAUCAGAUGCAUGGUUUGAAGAAAAACAACAGCAAUUUGAGAAUUUGGAUCAGCAACUUAGGAAACUUCAUGCCAGUGUUGAAGAAUUAGUCUGCCACAAAAAAGAGCUUUCAGCCAACACAGCUGCCUUUGCUAAAAGUGCUACCAUGUUAGGUAAUUCUGAGGACCACACUGCUCUAUCCAGAGCUUUGUCUCAGCUUGCAGAGGUUGAGGAGAAGAUAGAUCAGUUGCAUCAAGAACAAGCUUUUGCUGAUUUUUGUGUGUUCUCAGAACUGCUUAGUGACUACAUUCGUCUUAUUGCUGCAGUAAAAGAUGUGUUUGAUCAUCGAAUUAAAUGCUGGCAGAAAUGGCAAGAUGCUCAGGUCACUUUACAAAAAAAACAUGAAGCCGAAGCAAAGCUCCAACUUACCAACAGACCUGAUAAAUUGCAGCAAGCUAAAGAUGAUAUAAAAGAGUGGGAGACAAAAGUUCAGCAAGGGGAAAAAGAUUUUGAACAGAUCUCGAAAACCAUUCGUGAGGAAGUGCAAAGAUUUGAGAGGGAACGAUUGAAAGACUUUAAAACUGUAAUUAUCAAGUACUUAGAAUCGUUAGUGCAAACACAACAGCAGCUAAUAAAAUACUGGGAGGCAUUCCUACCUGAAGCUAAAUUCAUCACCUAAAGGAAGACUAUUCCAAACAGCAAGAGACUCUGGUUGUUUCUCCUGGAUAAAAACUAAAUUCCACAUUGAAAUCACUUCAAAAAUCAUUCAAAUAAACCACUAUAUAUUUUAUGAAUUAACAUCUAGUGGUUUUAUAUAUCACACCAUUUUAUUAACAAACUGCAUGUCGUGACCCUCUUUGAAGUGGACUGUGGCAUGAUGUUCUGCAACACAUUCAUGAAUUGAACACUACUGUAUCUUAAUACUUGCACCAAAAGCAGAUAUUUUUAUUCUUUACAAUGUUCUGUAGUAUGCUUAUCUGAUCUUUGAAACAAAAUUAAUUGCAUUGAUUAAUGUUCACCAACACAUUCCUGUAGAAAAUCAUUUUUCUGUGAUUAUGUAUCUUGUGAAACAUUAAACUUUUAUUUUGUUUCUCUAGAUAUUUACUAGCAUUCUUAAAAGUAGCAUUUAAAACAGAUUGAGAUUAUAUCAGACAGCAACACAUAGAAUGGUUUGGGUUGGAAGAGAUCACCUAGUGUCAUGGUUUAACCCCAACUGGUAACUAAGUACCAUGCAGCUGCUCACUCACUCACCCACCAUCUGGAUCAGGGAGAGAAUCAGAAAAGUGAGAAAACUUGUGGGUUGAGAUAAAGACAAUUUAAUGGGUAAAGCAAAAACCUCACAUGCAAGCAAUGCAAAGCAAGGAAUUCGUUUACUGCUUCCCAUGGGUAGGCAAGUGUUCAACCAGCUCCAGAAAAGCAGGACUUCACCAUGCGUAAAGGUUACUUGGGAAGACAAAACACCAGAACUUCAAAUGUCCCCACGUCUCCUUCUUCUUCCCCCCAGCUUUAUAUGCAGAGCAUGAUACCAUAAGGUAUGGAAUAUCCCUUUGGUCAGUUGGGGUCAACUGUCCUGGCUGUGUAUCCUCCCAACUUCUUGUGCACCCCCAGCCUACUUGAUGUUGGGGUAGUACAAGAAGCUAUUGUGAAGAAAAUUAACUCUCUCCUAACCAAAACCAGCACACCUAGUCGAGCCCCUUGCAGUACAUCAGUUAUCAUGCAGUGAGCGUGCCAGCAUCACACAAUAUCAUUUGCUUGGGGAUGGGCCUGGCCUCAGCAGUCUGAGACAGAUUCUUUUGUAUCUGAUUCUUGGCCUUUGAUUUGUUCUGUCUCUAGUGCUAUCAACAUAAGGUUAUUUUAAUAGGUUUUGAUAGUUUACUUGUGGAAUGUAAAGAAUUGUCCCAGGCUGGACUUGGCUCCCAACCAAGUGCCUGGACCACAUUGAAAAAAACUUCCCCCUCCCUCUCCCUCUCUCUGACAGACCGAAAAUACCACACAAAAUUAAAAGAACCCAAACCAAACUGAAUUCCAAGUAACACACAUUUAUAUAUAUAUAUUUAGAAUUAUAUACAUCACCCACAGACAACCCCCCAAAAAGGGGAAAAGAAAGGGAAAAAGGGACAAAGGGAAAAAGGGACAAAACCCAAAUACUUUCCUUAAGAUAGCAGUAAACCGCACCAACAACUGCCGGCACUAUCUGCUUCUCAAGGCCAACCAGGCGCACUAGGUCUCACUCCUUCUCCUGGGCAAAAUGACAGCAAAAAACCUUUGCUUUCAGUUUCCCGGAAGAAAGAGAGCGAGAGCUUCCUCUCCCUUCUUAUUUAUACUCUUGCUUACAUAAAAAUCGUAUGGAAUACUGGGAACAUGGCCUUGGUUCCUUGGUUACAACCUGGUCGCCAAGGAAGACCUAGACUCAAAACCACUACAAGAAUGCACUACAGAUUGUGUCACGUGACUUUCUAUGACAUGUAACAUGGUAGAGGCCCUCAUGAUGGUGAUAGCCAAACAAAGAGUACGGAAAAAUAAGAACCCUAUUUUGAGUGGUAUUUAAUUGCCCCUCUUCUCAACAACCUGCUGUGGAUAUCUUUGCUAACUUAGCAGGUUCAAAAAUUUAGAUGUUUAACAAAGCGAUGUUAUUUGUGCUUAAUAAUUGUUCUCAAGUGGAAUAUAUAGACAAAAAAACCAGUCACAUUGUUUCUCCCAAUUCAAAAGAAAAAAUACUCAAGAGAUGCAAAAAUAUUAAGUAAUCUCAAGGGACUAAACUGUAUUUGAUUAUUUUUUUUCCCCCUAAAUAUUUCAGUUGGUGUAUUUAGUGUAUAUGCCAAGAUUCUGGUAGCAGGCAGGAGGUCUGCAGGAGUGGCCCCUGUGGGAAGAGACCUGGGGCUGUCCCUGUGCUGGACACAGCCAGUUCAAAAUGGUUCUGAAAAAGACCCACCACAGGUGAAAGAUGAACCCAUCAACACAUCCACCUUUGUUAAGAAAAAAAAAAAGAGUUGUUGUCAAAGGUGACUCCCUUCUGAGGGGAACAGAUUGCCCAAUAUGCUGACUGGACCAAACCCAUAGGGAAGUGUGAUGCCUCCCUGGGUCUCAGGUUAGGGAUGUUACUAGAAAACUGUCUAGUCUGGUAUGGCCCUCUGCUUAUUAUCCAUUAUUGGUUCUUCAUGUCAGUAGUGACGAAAUAACAAAGAGAAGUCCAAGAGUAAUGAAAAGGGAUUUUAGGGUCUUCAGACAAUUUGUUGAAGGAUGAGAAGCAUGAGUUGUGUUUUACUCGAUCCUUCCAGUUGCAGGGUGUCUUAGUUUAAAUGAGACACAAGUGUUUUGCUGAGGAUGAGUUAGGAGGAAGACCCAAACUCCUCCCUCUAAGCAAUUACAAAUCCGAAAUUAAGAGGCUCCAAUUGAGAAAAAAUGUGGAAAAAGGAAAAAUAACAACCCUUUAUUAAAAGAUAUAUGUGGAUUGGCAGAAACAACAAAAGAACACAAGUAAAACAACCAAACAAUAAUCCUAUACCCACAAAUAAUCCCCUUCAAAACAAACAAACAAACAAAAAGGUAAACAGUUCAGUUUGUGCCCAUUGGUGCAUUUCUAACCACAGUCAUCAGGGGGUGCUGUUGGAUCACUGGUGACCGCCACGGGGGCCUCCCCAGGGUGUGCUGGAGAAUGAAACAGAGCAGGGCCCCUGAAGUUAACUCAGAAUGCAUACUCUGAGUAAAAGAACUAAAAGAACCAAAAUUCAAGGCUAACGGAAGAUAAUACCUCGCCAAAGAAUGCUAACACACUAACACAAAGAACAUAAAGUAAGAACAUAGGGAAAUAAAGAACACCAAAAAUGCUAACACACAUACCUAAAUAGACAUAAGGAAGGGUUCCUUAGGAGAUAAGGGGCGAAAUAGGGGUAUGAGUCCAAAAUCUUGCAAAAUUCACCAUCAGAAAGACAGCCAACUAAGAAAGUUGAAAAGUUCAAAGCAAGGAAGACUUCUGGAAUGAGACCCCCUGAGGAUGAAGAAACAGGAAAAACCCCCGAAACAGCACCCCAAAAGGACAACUCCACCCAGACUCUACCCAGGCUCCACCUGCUAUGAAUAUUAUAAUGAAAUGUUGUAAUAAUAUGAAUAUGCAUGUAGAAAUUAUGUAAUCUCUUACAAAAACUGUAUAAAUACCUGUCUUUACACUGAUAACUUUGCACUAGUUUUGUCCAGCGUGAGUUGGCUAGCCCCCAACA